AAGAGGAGCGACGAAACGUUUUAGAGCAGUCAGGGAGCAGUUAUUCAGCUAGAAUUGACACUAAACGUAUUUUAAGUCACCCCAGGUCCUAGGGAUUUUCAAAAAAAGAGAAGAAAAAUGGCGGAACCAUUGAAGAGCUUCUUUGAAAACAAGCCAGUGGAGAAGACAAAGAAAGAUCCAAAGCGGCUGUCAGUUGAGAGGAUCUAUCAAAAGAAGACUCAGUUGGAGCACAUUUUGCUCAGACCAGACUCCUACAUAGGCUCUGUUGAGCCCGUCACCCAGCAAAUGUGGGUGUAUGAUGAGGAUGUUGGACUGAACUGCCGUGACAUUACAUUUGUUCCUGGGCUUUACAAGAUCUUUGAUGAGAUCCUUGUAAAUGCAGCUGACAACAAGCAGAGGGAUAAGAGCAUGUCCCUUAUCAAGGUCAACAUUGAUGUUGAAAACAACACUAUUAGUGUGUGGAACAAUGGGAAGGGUAUUCCUGUGGUGGAGCACAAGGUGGAAAAGGUCUAUGUGCCUGCUCUUAUCUUUGGACAACUGCUUACAUCCAGUAACUACAAUGACGAUCAGAAGAAAGUCACUGGUGGACGUAAUGGAUAUGGUGCUAAGCUCUGCAAUAUCUUCAGCACAAAAUUCACUGUCGAGACAGCCUGUAAAGAAUCAAAGAAAUGCUUCAAGCAGACUUGGUAUGACAACAUGGGAAGAGCAGGGGAUGCAAAAAUCACUUCCUUUGAUGGAGAGGAGUUCACCUGCAUCACCUUCAGGCCUGACCUGCCUAAGUUUAAAAUGAGCAUCCUUGACAAAGACACAGUGGCUCUGAUGACCAGGAGGGCCUAUGACAUUGGCGGAGCUGCCAAGGGUGUUCGUGUGUACUUAAACGGCAAGAAGCUGCCAGUCACGGGUUUCCGAAACUAUGUGGACUUGUAUUUGAAGGACAAAGUCGAUGAGGUUGGUAAUCCCCUAACUGUGGUCCAUGAGGUUGUCAACGAGCGCUGGGAGGUCUGCCUCACCAUGAGUGAGAAAGGUUUCCAGCAAGUCAGCUUCGUCAACAGUAUUGCCACCACCAAGGGAGGGAGGCACAUCGACUAUGUGGCUGACCAGGUCAUUGCCAAGAUCAUCGAAGUGGUGAAGAAGAAGAACAAAGCUGGAGUGGCUGUCAAGCCCUUCCAGGUGAAGAAUCACAUGUGGCUGUUUGUCAACUGUCUGAUUGAAAACCCGACUUUUGACUCUCAGACCAAAGAGAACAUGACUCUGCAACAGAAGAGCUUUGGCUCCACUUGUCCUCUCGGUGACAAGUUCAUCAAACAGGCCACAAGCUGUGGGAUUGUGGAAAGCAUCAUGAACUGGGUAAAGUUCAAGGCUCAGACCCAACUCAACAAGAAAUGCUCAGCUGUUAAACACACCAAGAUCAAAGGGGUGCCAAAGCUGGAUGAUGCCAACGAUGCAGGUGGGAAGAACUCCAGCAGAUGCACACUGAUCCUCACUGAGGGAGACUCAGCCAAGACACUGGCUGUGUCUGGGUUGGGAGUGGUUGGAAGGGAUCACUAUGGUGUCUUCCCUCUCAGAGGAAAACUGCUGAAUGUGCGGGAGGCCUCACUCAAACAGAUUAUGGAGAAUGCUGAAAUCAACAACAUCAUAAAGAUCCUGGGCCUUCAGUACAAGAAAAACUACAGUGACCCAGAAUCCCUCAAGACUCUGCGUUAUGGCAAGAUCAUGAUCAUGACAGAUCAGGAUCAAGAUGGCUCUCACAUUAAGGGUCUCCUUAUCAACUUCAUCCACCACAACUGGCCAUCAUUGCUGCGUCACAACUUCCUUGAAGAGUUCAUCACUCCCAUCAUCAAGGCAACUCACAAGAAAAAUCAGCUCUCCUUCUACAGUAUUCCUGAGUUCAAUGAAUGGAAGGAAAGCCAGUCCAACAUCAAAUCUUGGAAAAUCAAAUACUACAAAGGUUUGGGAACUAGCACAUCGCAGGAAGCCAAGGAGUACUUCUCUGAUAUGCAGAGACACAGAAUUCCAUUCAAGUACUGUGGCCCUGAAGAUGAUGAGGCUAUAACCCUUGCCUUUAGCAAAAAGAAAAUUGAUGAGAGGAAGGAGUGGCUGACAAACUUCAUGAUGAAUAGGCGUCAGCGCAGGGAGCACAACCUGCCAGAGGAGUACCUGUAUGGUCAGUCCACCAAGUUCCUCUCCUACAAUGAAUUUGUCAACAAGGAGCUGGUUCUUUUCUCCAACUCCGACAAUGAGAGGUCACUCCCCUGCCUGGUGGAUGGUCUAAAGCCAGGCCAGAGAAAAGUGGUGUUCUGUUGCCUUAAGAGGAACGACAAGCGUGAGGUGAAGGUGGCCCAGCUGGCCGGUUCUGUGGCUGAGAUGUCUGCUUACCACCAUGGAGAGGCUUCUCUCAUGAUGACCAUCAUCGGCUUGGCCCAAAACUUUGUGGGAAGCAACAACUUAAACCUGUUGCAGCCUCUAGGCCAGUUUGGAACCAGGCUGCAUGGAGGAAAGGACUCUGCCAGUCCUCGAUACAUUUUCACCAUGCUCAGCCCUCUUGCACGCCUUGUUUUCCCACCUGUGGACGACAACCUGCUGAAGUACAACUAUGACGACAACCAGCGUGUUGAGCCUGAGUGGUACAUUCCCAUCAUCCCCAUUGUUCUGGUGAAUGGUGGUGAAGGCAUCGGCACUGGCUGGGCCAGCAAGAUCCCCAACUUUGACAUCCGGGAGAUUGUCGCUAAUAUUCACCGCAUGCUCAAUGGAGAAGACCCUCUGCCUAUGCUUCCAAGCUACAAAGGCUUCAAAGGAACGAUUGAUCAGAUCAUGGACAACCAGUACUUGAACAAUGGAGAGGUUGCCAUCAUUGACUCCACCACCAUAGAGAUCACUGAGUUGCCUGUCAAAACCUGGACACAGGUCUAUAAGGAGAACGUGCUGGAGCCAAUGUUGAAUGGCACAGAGAAGGUCCCGGCUCUGAUCACAGACUACAAGGAGUACCACACUGACACCACUGUCCGCUUUGUGGUCAAAAUGACAGAAGAGAAGCUGAUGCAGGCCGAGGCUGCUGGCCUCCACAAAGUCUUCAAACUUCAGAACCCCCUUACUUGCAACUCUAUGGUUCUGUUCGACCAUGUGGGCAGCCUGAGGAAGUAUGAGUCUGUGCAGGAUAUUCUGAAGGAGUUCUUUGAGCUGAGAAUGAAGUACUACAGGCUGAGGAAAGACUGGCUGGCUGGCAUGCUGGGAGCUGAGAGCGCAAAACUCUCCAACCAGGCUCGCUUCAUCUUGGAGAAAAUUCAGGGCACCCUUGUCAUUGAGAACAAGCCAAAGAAGGAGCUGAUCCGCAUGCUGCAGGAGAUGGGCUACGACUCUGAUCCAGUUAAAGCCUGGAAACAGGCUCAAGAGAAGGAUGCAGAGGAAAUGGAUGAAAAUGAAGAGGAGGAGAAGGAGCAAGAGGAAACCAACACUGGGCCAGACUAUAACUACCUUCUGAGCAUGCCCAUGUGGUACCUGACCAAAGAAAAGAAGGACGAGCUGUGCAAACAAAGGGAUGACAAGUUGACAGAGCUGAACACCCUGAAGAAGAAGUCUCCAGAAGACCUGUGGAAAGAAGACCUUGCUGCUUUCUCUGAGGAACUCGAGAAGUUUGAACAAAAAGAGAAGGAGGCUGCCGCUGCUGUUCCUACUAAAAAGGGAGCUGGAAAAGGAAAAUCUGUGAAGGUGAAGCAGGAGACUUUGCCCACACCACAGGGUCGCCGCGUUGUCCCACGUGUCACCAGCACCAUGAAAGCAGAAGCUAACAGGAAGGCUGUUCUCAAGAAAGGAGAAGGCAAAAGAGGCAAAAAUAUCAAGACUGAAGAUGUGGUGGUGAAAAUGGAGUUCGAAGAAGAAGGAGAGAAUGCAGAGCCGGGAGAGGAGAUGAGUUUGGCGGCACGGCUCAACAAGAAGGCUAAAACUCAGGCAAAGGACACGGGAGCAUCAAAGAGCAGCAAGCAGAGCACUCUUCAGUUCAAACCUGUUUCCAAAAAGCCCAAGAAGAAUAUGUGGUCUGAUGACGAGUUUGAUGACAUGUCUGACAGUGAAGUAGAGAUGGCAGAGGUGGUUGCUCCCAGAGAGCGGGUUGAACGCAGAACUAAAGCUGCCGUAAAGUACAGCAUGUCUGACAGCGAGGAUGAGUUUGAUAACUUGGAAAAGGACCUCCAGAAACAGAAAGCUGUCAUCAGCGAUGAUGACGAUGUCAGCUUUAUCCCAGACCCAAGCACCGCAGCUGACAGCGAUGUGGAGCCUCCAGCCCCGCCUCCAAAAGCUCCAGAACCAACGAAGAAAGUUGCAAAAAGUAAAUCAACAGUGAAAAAAUCUGAAACCAAGUCGAGCUCUCAGUCAGAGGAUCAGGCACCUGCACCCAAGGCUCCAGUUCAACGUAAAACCAAAGAGGCUGCACCCAAGAAAGCUCCUGCUGCGAAGAAACAAGCUGCAUCCAAAAAGAAGGUUGCAGAUGCAAAGCAGCCGUCCAUCCUGGAUGCUCUGUCGAAUUCUAACAAGUCCUCCCAAAAAUCCACCAAGAAGAUGCCUUCAUUUGACUCAAGCGACUCAGAGGGGGAAGUGAAAGCUGUGAAGUCGAAGCCAGUUCUGAAACGCAAGCAGAAAAUCAGCGAUGACUCUGACAGCGACUCUGGCAACCUCAUGUCUCGCCUCAAGGGUAAAACAACUGCAGGCGGCAAGAAAACUAAGAAAUGGGACGAUGACGACAGCUUCUUUAAUUCAGACCAGGAAGCUGCAGCUCCAGUAGUUGUGGCACCCCGAGAUAAGCCUGCACGUGCCCGCAAACCUGUCACCUACAACGUGGACUCGGACUCAGACUUUUAAUUUUCCUCUCUAGUUUUCUAACGCUCUAGUUUUGUGUUUAAGACAGAUCCUUUAGCAGCUUAGACUAAGAGUUUGCAUUGUCUAGUAUAAGCUUUGCUUAUAUCUCAAGAUGAAGUUAUGGCUUGAAUUGAUCUUUAGACUUAACCAUAUUCAUAUUUAAGGGCAAUGGUGACACAAAUGCAUAGUCCAUUAACUGUUUGGACCUCACAAGUGCAGCUCUGAUUUUACUGUUAUUGCUUUGAUAUCCACUUUUCUUUUAUGUGUUUGUCUUGUCUUGUAAAUAUUUCAAUGGCUGUUUUUUGUAAUAUUGGAAAAUAAAGCUGUGUAUUCAUUGUAAAA